AUGCGGCGUUACACAUUUUUGGUGCUGUGUUUUUGUAUUGGUCUUUCGAUUGGGGAGUUGCUUGGUCCAGAAACUCGCAAAGAAACAGAAAAAAACGAAGAAGAAGAUGAAUCGUCGGCUGCCUUAGACGCCGAGUCUAAGGUAGACCCUGAAUAUUUUAAAGCCCUGACUGAGGCUGUCAACAAGGACAUAAUAACCCUUCAGGAGUUCGCAAAUGCGAUGAGAGAAGUCAAGGGGGAAAAAGAAGAAGAAAAUAACAAAGAAAAUAAUCUAGAUCAAGUAGACUUUACAUUGAAGCUACUGAAAAAGAGGCUAUUAAGUAUCACAGAACCUAACUGGAUAAGUGAUAAGACAGAUUCCACUUCUAAUGAGAUUGAACAAAAAACAGAAGAUAGCCCUCAAAAUAUUUUAGAAAGUUUACUACCGUUACCAGAAGAAGAGGAGGAGGUACUUACUCCAGAAUUGCAAGAAGCUAAAGAGAUGUACGACGUAGCAAUGGCGAAGCUCCGCCGUCGGUCCCCAGAUUUGCGCAGUACGAUCCUCACGAUACAACAGGCGGCAAACAAAGGCUACAUCCCUGCCAAGAUCAAACUCGCCUGGUCGCACAUAUUCGGCGAAGGAGUCGAACUGGACAUUGAGAAGGCUAAAGCUAUAUUUGAGAUUCUCGUCGAAGAAGGCAACGCGGACGCUCAUGCGGGCAUGGGAUUCUUGUACGCCACCGGGCUAGGAGUACCAGUGUCCCAAUCGAAAGCGUUAGUUCACUACACUAUGGGGUCUGCGGGCGGCAGUGAUUACGCGCAGAUGGCGCUCGCGUACCGAUACUGGUCUGGUGUGACCGUGCCCUCCUCCUGUCCGAAGGCCAUGGACCUCUAUAUGAAGGUGGCUGCUAAGGUGGCGAGUCAAGUGAGUUGGAGCGGCGGGCCGGCCAUUCACCGCGCGCGACUCGCCGACGAGGCCGAGGGGGGCGGCGGGGCCCUCGACUCCGACCUCAUAGAGUACUACCAGCUACUGGCAGAGAAGGGAGACGUGCAGGCACAGGUCGGCCUCGGUCAGCUUCACUUCCAAGGCGGUCGCGGCGUCACCUUAGACAUCAACAAAGCCCUGCACUACUUCACGCAGGCCGCUAAUACUGGCAACUCCGUCGCCAACGCUUUCCUUGGCAAGAUAUACCUGGAGGGGGGCGACGGUAUAAAGCCGGACAACGAGACCGCCCUCCGGUACUUCGGCAAGGCGGCCGAGCUCAACAACCCCGUCGGACAGAGCGGACUCGGCAUCAUGUAUUUGCAGGGCCGGGGAGUCCCCAAGGACACGCGAACGGCGUUCAAAUACUUCACGAUGGCCGCGAACCAGGGCUGGGUGGAGGGGCAGCUGCAUCUUGGAUUCAUGUACUUCGGCGGCAUCGGCGUCCGUCGCGACUUCAAGCAGGCCAACAAGUAUUUCUCUUUGGCCUCUCAAUCUGGCCACGUGUUAGCGCUGUACCAUCUCGCUCAUAUGCAUGCACAAGGACUGGGGGUAUUACGGUCCUGCACUACUGCCACUGAGUUGUUCAAGAACGUUUGCGAGCGUGGCUGGUGGAGUUUUCGCUUAAUGCUCGCUCACGCAGCGUGGCGAGCGAGAGACUCGGACUCUGCCAUACUACAAUACUUAGCGCUAGCUGAAAGGGGACUGGAGUUAGCUCAAACCAACGCCGCCUACAUACUGGACAACGGUGAGGGAAGCAUAUUCGGAGAGAAAUGGCGUCAUGCUCGCGCACUACAACUGUGGUCUCGAGCCGCGGCUCAAGGUUGUGCCUCCGCUCGAGUGAAACUCGGCGAUUACCACUACUACGGACUCGGGACCAAGCGGGAUCUGGAGGCGGCCGCGCAUCAUUACAGGAUAGCGUCGGAACAGUUGCACAACGCCCAAGCGACGUUUAAUUUGGGCUAUAUGCACGCCAGAGGCCUCGGAUUGGCCCAAGACUUGCACCUGGCUAAGCGUUGUUACGACUUGGCCGCGGACACAUCGCCGGACGCCCGUCUGCCGGCCGCCUUAGCGCUCGCCGCUUUGACCGCCACGAGGACAUUCCACGACAUAAUGCAGUCUGCACAAGAGAGCCCUCUGGCGAUGAUAUUCCUAAGCGGCGAGUCCACACUGGUCUCCAACUGGGAUCUGUACCUCAUCACCUUGUUACUUGGAGCCCUAGGCCUGGUGGUCUACCUGCGAAGACCUGUGCAGCAGCCCCAUUGA